AGCACGCCGGAAGUGGCUUAUUGGUCCGGGUUGCUCUGUCCCCCAGCACUGCGUGAGCUUUCCUCCUGGGUGGGCCAGACGACAUGGAGCCGGGGUCAGCCGAGUUGUACGACCAGGCCCUGCUGGGCAUCUUGCAGCAUGUGGGCAACGUCCAGGACUUUCUGCGCGUGCUUUUCGGUUUCCUCUACCGCAAGACGGACUUCUAUCGCCUGUUGCGCCACCCGUCUGACCGCAUGGGCUUUCCGCCGGGGGCUGCCCAGGCCUUGGUGCUGCAGGUAUUCAAAACCUUUGACGACAUGGCCCGUCAGGAUGAUGAGAAGAGGAGAAAAGAGCUUGAAGAGAAGAUGAGACGAAACAAAGAAGAGGCAAAAGCUAUAGCAGCUGCUGCAGCUGAGAAGGAACCAGUCCCAGCCCCAGUUCAGGAAAUAGAGAUUAACUCCACCACAGAACUGGAUGGGCCUCAGGAAAUGGAGAAAGUACAGCAACCUCCAGGCGCACAGGGUGCAGUGCAGGAGGAGGCCCACAGCUUGGAGGAGGCAGAGCCUCCAGGAGCAGUUGUUGGUGUUGCUGAAGUCCCUAGGGAACCACCAGAACUUCCCAAGCGACAGGAGCAGUUUCAGAAAAACCCUGACAGUUACAAUGGUGCUGUCCGUGAGAACUACAUCUGGUCGCAAGACUACAUGGACCUGGAGGUCAAGGUGCCAGUGCCCAAGCACAUCAUGAAAGGGAAGCAGGUCUCAGUGGACCUUAGCAGUGACUUCAUCCGAGUGGCGGUGCUGGAGGAAAAUGGAGAGCGUGUCCUCAUGGAAGGGAAGCUCACACAUAAGAUCAACACCGAGAGUUCUCUCUGGAGCCUCGAGCCAGGGAAGUGUGUUUUGGUGAACCUGAACAAGGUGGGGGAGUACUGGUGGAGUGCCAUCCUGGAGGGCGAGGAGCAAAUCGACAUCGACAAGAUCAACAAGGAGCGCUCCAUGGCCACCGUGGAUGAGGAGGAGCACGCUGUCCUGGACAGGCUGACCUUCGACUACCACCAGAAGCUACAGGGCAAGCCGCAGAGCCAUGAGCUGGUAGGACCCUCAGCCUUUGCCCAGGAGAGCCAGGCACUCUGAGGCCUGCCAGGCAGAUACCACAGGCUUCCUCUGCUUGCAUAUCAGAAGGCUGGCGAGAAGACAGAGGAGAGGCUGGGCUGGCGGGGUGCUGGGAUGUGAGGGCAUCGUGGGCACAGGUGAAGCUCUGGGAGGAAGGGUUUGCGUAGAGCUGGGCCCUGUGCCAAGGAGCCAAUCAUUGAGCAGAGCAGCAUGGCCUUGCCCCGUGGCCUGCAGGCUGAGGGGCUGCCUCUCUGUCCUUCUUUCCAGCUGCACAGCUCGGGUGGUCUCCAGUGCCCUUGACUCAGGUAGCCACGUGGCCGUCUGACCAUGCCAUGCAUGGGCACGUAUCCGUUGACGCUCCCUGUCACAGCCUCAAGCCUGGACAGAAGAGCCCCAGCUAGCAGGGCCCAUGAAGGGUGCUGAGAGCGGGGUGCUGCUUCAAACCAGGAUUGGGAAUCUGAGUACCUUACUGACUCUGAGCAGUCCGGAGAGAUUUCUGGACCUACUGUGGCCUUUAGCCUGCCUUCUGCAGAGCCCCCACAGAUCAGUUAAGGUCCUGCUAGUGGGACAUCAGCAGAGCUUCCAUGUGCAUUUCCAGAGGUCGGUGGCCGUGGCGCAGGCACUGUCUCAUGCCAGGCCAGGGCAGCGGUGUUGAGGUGGGAGGAAGUCUUUAACAGAAGAAGGCGUGUGUCCGGCUGGCAUUGCGCUAGCGAGCAGACUGCCAGUGGCAAAAAAGCAAUUAAUUACAUACAGAUAUACUUGCUUUCUCUCCUCACAUUAUUUUCAGCCUCCUAGUGUCGCACAUAAGCUGUUGGUGGUGAGAAAUGCGUGACUCGUGAGUCUGAGUUGGGACAAAGGGCUUGGAGUCCUUGGGGCUUUGGACCAGUCUCAAGUUUUUGUUCCUUGUGUAGUGAACCCAGAGCCCCUAAGAAAGCCAUCACAUUCUUGCAUUUUGCAGUUCGUUUUGCAAGUGCCCGACUUUGUGAUGUAUUUGGCUUAUUUGCCAGUAUCUCACCCCAGGAAGUCCACCAUUGGAUGAUUGCAAGCUCACCUCACUCAUUUGCUCACACACAGCUCACUUGUUGGCCAACUGUCUUUGCCUUACUCUGCUCAGAUCUUAGAUGUGCAAGCCAGCCCCACCUUGUGCCUGCGAGGGCCUCGGAGGCCUGAGGAGAGGGCUGCCAGUCAUCCCCACUUCCCAUCAGGCUGCCACUCCCAGCCACCACCGCGCCUGGCAUGACGUGGGCAUUAUUAAGCACUUCCUACUGGUCAGGUGUCGUAUGAACCCUGUCAUGAGUGCUGUCUCACAGACUCUUCACAACACCCCUGAGAUGAGAGUGUGUUUUCUUAACAGAUAGAGAAAUUGAGGUCACAUCCUAUAUUCAAGGUCCCACUGCUAGUAAGCCUCAGGGGUGGGAUUUGAACCCUGAUUUGAUUACAGACCUUUUUGCCAUCACCUGUCCUACCCUGCACCUUGCACAGGUUGGUGUCUCUAUGAAAGAAUGUUCCUCUCAUUUGGCUGCUUUACCAGCAUGGGCUUGCAGACCUGGAGGUUUAGUCUGGUGUUGACUCUUUGGGAACGCUGAAGGACCCUCUUUGGCUGUUCCAUAUCCUGAUAAAGGUCACAGUGACCUCUGUCGUAGUGGCCGAGCACCUAGGAUCAGAACUUCAGGAUGCAGCGCCCCGGGCUCAUGCAGACAGCAGGCCGGCUGCUCGCAGUUACAACCCAGCUGAGCUGCUUUUGUUUGUGGCUGUCAAGACGAGAGACCAGUUUUUGCACACCUGUUGCCUGAGGAGGCUUCCAUGAGCGUUUCCUCAUCAUCCUCACUGCAGCUUGGAGAUGAGGCGUCAUCCUGCUGCACAGAAGAGGAGACAGGCUCACAGAGAGGUGAUGGGACUUGGCACUGACUAUCCCCAAGUGUAGUGCUGUGCCCACAGAAGUGGUUGAGAUACAGUCACAGGUUGAUCUUUGGGGGAAAGAAUCCCUUGUAUUGAGAAGAUUCUGGGCAGUUUUUACAGAUAUUAGCAUAAACGCUCAUGGUCACAUUUGGGUUAGAAUGAAGUCUUGAAAAGCUGUCUUUCCAAAAUGAGGUGCUGUGUGCCAUUAAGUGAAUCGCGUGCCGAGGGAGGCGACUCUGCUGGCACCUUCCCCAGAUGAGCAGAGGGCACUUUUUCAAACACUGAGAUGGAACAAGUAGCAGGUGGCCCUGACUCUGAUGGAGAGAAAUGCUGGAAGUUAAUGUUUCACUGUGGUCUGAGCUGUGGUACUGGUGAGCUUUGCGAACGCUCAAGCUGUGAGAUGUAAGAAGCAAGAAUGCCUCUCCACUGAACUCACAAAACACAUUGUCUUUUUCAGUUCAAAAAUGCGUACUUUUUUACUGGUGGUUUUUUGUCUCUGAGCCUCUCAAGUGCCCUCUGAUGGCAAACCAUACAUUGGCUUUUUUUUUUUUUUAAACUUUUUAAAAGUCUGAAUUAAAAAUCCAUCCCUGCUUGUUGUACAAGAUACCGAUAGUGCCAAAAUAUUCAUCCUAGAAAGUGGAAGCAGCCCAGGAGGCAGC